ACUCGGGUAAGAGCAGCUGUUAGCUCGUGAAGUCACUUUUUCCUUGUCAUGAGGGCCACUUACCUUCAUUCUUUGCAGGACAGGAAUUGUUUCUCACCCAAAGAAGCCUGAGUCACAUGGGCUGAGAAAGCAGUGGCUGUGGGAACACACGAGCUGGAGUCCAGGAAGGCGGCUGUGAUUCGGGCCGGGACCUCGCCACGCUCCCGCCCUUUGCCGGUGGCAUGUGGAGGUCCUUGUGGCCAAAAUAAGGACGUGCCGGCUGGAACAUCAUGUCGGUGCCCGCAAAACCCCCGGUUCCAGCAGAGCUGGCUCUGGGCCCUGAGGAGACGCCCCAGGGAAAGCUGCCCCUCGGCUGGGGCUCUCUGUUCGGCCACCGAAGUGAGAAGAUCGUCCUCACCAAGAGCGACAGAGCCCCUGAGGAGGGGGUGCUCACGGUCACCAUCACCGAGACCACCGUCAUCGAGUCGGACCUGGGCGUGUGGAGCUCGCGGGCCCUGCUCUACCUCACGCUCUGGUUCUUCCUCAGCUUCUGCACCCUUUUCCUCAACAAGUACAUCCUGUCCCUGCUGGAGGGCGAGCCCAGCACGCUGGGCGCUGUGCAGAUGCUGUCCACUACCUGCAUCGGGUGCUUGAAAAUAUUCGUCCCCUGCUGUUUGUAUCAGCACAAAGCCCGGCUCUCGUACCCACCCAACUUCAUCAUGACCAUGCUGUUCGUGGGCCUCAUGAGGUUUGCGACUGUGGUCCUGGGUCUGGUCAGCCUGAAAAAUGUGGCGGUUUCCUUUGCUGAGACAGUGAAGAGCUCAGCCCCCAUUUUCACUGUGAUUAUGUCCCGGAUGAUCCUGGGGGAGUACACAGGGUUGCUGGUUAACCUCUCCCUUGUCCCUGUCAUGGGAGGCCUGGCGCUGUGCACAGCCACCGAGAUGAGCUUCAAUGUCCUGGGCUUUUCAGCCGCUUUGUCCACCAACAUCAUGGAUUGUUUGCAAAAUGUUUUUUCGAAAAAGCUCCUCAGCGGAGACAAGUACAGGUUCUCGGCUGCCGAGCUGCAGUUCUACACGAGUGCCGCGGCCGUGGCCAUGCUGGUUCCCGCCUGGGUUUUCUUCUUGGACUUGCCGGUGAUCGGGAGGAGCGGGAGGAGCUUCAGCUACACCCAGGACGUGGUGCUGCUGCUGCUGAUGGACGGUGUCCUGUUCCACCUGCAGAGCAUCACCGCCUACGCCCUGAUGGGCAGGAUUUCCCCUGUGACCUUCAGUGUCGCCAGCACCGUGAAGCACGCCCUGUCCAUUUGGCUCAGUAUUAUAGUUUUCGGGAACAAGAUCACCAGCCUUUCGGCCGUGGGCACCGUCCUGGUGAUGGCUGGGGUCCUGCUCUACAACAAAGCCAAGCAGCAUCAGCGGGAUGCCAUGCAGAGCCUGGCCUCGGCCACCAGCCGGACCCCGGAGGAUGGUGCGGAGCCGCUGGUCCCCAAGGACCCCAGGCCGCACCACUGAGCUCGGGGCCCUUGGCCGGUAUCAGGGCCCUGAGGCAUGCACACUGCUGUCCUCCUGCCCAUCGUGGUCCCCUGCCCUCCGCUGCCUGCACCCCCACCCCCAUGGGCAGCUGGGGUGGGAAAGUGGCAAGUGCAGCUGCUCCUGCCCCUCUCUGGGGUUUUCAGUCAAAACCAGCAGGAACUCGAAUGGGGACCCCAGACGCUGGCUUCCUGGGGGGUGACCAGAGUCAGCUGCUGCUGAGCCAUUGCCACAUAAUGUGAAAACUGCCUCCUGUUCCCCCCAACUCAACACGGGAGGGGUCGGGACCCUCCAGCCUCUGCAUGACCGUCGCCAAGCGCUGGGCACGCAGGUCCCACUGCAGGUAGGCCCAGCCCUGAUUCUCUGUGGGUGACAUCCAUGGGGAAAACUGUGAAGCCAGAGCUGGGUCCAGGUGCCAACGUGAGCCGCUUCCUGCUCGGUGCUGAUGGAGAGAACUCAUCUGCCCCACACCAGCCAUCAGGCCACCGAAGCCUGUCCUGCCCCUCAGCCAUCUGGGGAGACCUCUGCCAGGACAGAAGGCUAGGGCAGUCGGAGAUCAUGGAGCCCCGCAGAGUGGGGAGGGAACACACAUAGUGCAGAAACAAGGGACCCCUGCUGCUGAUGGCCCGGAGCUGGGCCCUGCCUUCCUGCCCAUACCGAGGUGUCCUCCCCUCCUUGGAGGCCCCGGCAUCUGGCACCACUUAGGGAAAGGUCACCCAAGGAGGGGCUGGGCCACACUCCCUUCAGCAUCUGUGCCGGACCAGGCCCCCUGCCUGCCGAUGGUCCCCCACCUGUGGUGACUUCCCGCUCUGGAGGUUGGGGAUGGACAUCUGUAGUGUUGGACUCUGGGAGGGAGAUUUGGCGUCCCCUGCUGUUCUUGGCGGCUGCUCUGCAGGGUCCCUGCUGGUGCCCUGUCCCCACGCAGCUGGUUCCUCCCAAAUGGGGGAGCAGGGGAAGGGGAGGGAAGGAGUUUUGGUGUUUACAGUUUUUGUUACACUGUAUUUAAGAUGAUGUUAUAGUUUUGUAAGAAGGAAACAGGCACAAGUGGCUUUGGGAACCUGUCGUGCAUGUCGGGUCACCACACUGAACUGCGGCCGGGGUUGGCCUGGCCGUCCCCCCCAGACACUCGGUGUUUGUGCUAAGCUGGGCUGAGACUCCCAACCUGAUGGGAUUCUGAUGGGGACAAGGUCCACCGCCAGCCAGUCUUGGAGGCCCCUCCUCCUCAACUUUGACCAGUAUGUACUAAGCCGGGGGGCUCGUCAGAAGCAGCCCCACUCAGCAGGUCUGGCCCCCUGACCCCCAGGAGCCUGCCUGUGGGAACUUAGAGAAUUACCUGAGAAAAGGAGCUGAAGACUCGUUCCCCGAGCCUCCUUUCCCUCCCUGCUAUUAGGUCCUUGUCUCCCACAACCCAUCCCCUGGUGUCCCCAUUGGCUUCUCAGCUGGAAAAUAUAAAAAUAGCCUCUUCAGAGAUCAGACCUCUUGGAAACAGAGCAAUAAUUAUGUCUCAUUAAGUUCUGCCUACUUGAAACAGUCUGCCAUCGUGAAUUAAAAUGAGGCCUUUCAAACUGCAGCCAACCUUUUUACGGAGCUGAACUGCGUCCCGGGGACAGGCAAGCGUGUGGUUGCCUGCUUGACAAGCUCUCCUUCACUGUGAGGAUGUUCCUCGUGUGACUUCCCCAGGUUUCUGUUCCCCCAAAACACAACUAAGGAGGAUUGGUUCGUUGCAGGUGGCUUGGGAGGUGGGAUAUCGCAUUGAUCCUUGAGGACCAGAGUGAAAGCACCUCUUCCCCGGGGCUCCUGCCCCGCCCUUGAGAGCACAGCUCUACUCAGCUGCUGACCGUGGGAUGUGAACAGAGAAGGGGCACAUCUGUGGCCGCCCACGCAGGACUCACAUGUUGGCCUUCCCGCAGACUUUGUCAUCUGCAUGUAGCAGACACGGCUGCCUGUUUCCGAGUAUUGUCGUGGAUUUCCGGGUCCCACACCCCCUGAUGUGCCCCACCCUUCACUCUCACCAGUGGCUUUCAGCAGGUUUUGAUUUUCUGAACUUUGGACCACAAACAAAAUGAAGAUUUUCCUAAAUCAUUAGUAAAUGAGGCAAUUUCCUGUAAAGCUGCUCCUGAGACUUUGCUCAUCCCAGGCUGUUGCCACGCUGCCCUUGCUUGGGGCUCACAUUCCUUCUAUUGGACAUGUCUGCACCGCUAGUUCUCCUGCUUCCCGGCACUUCCUGCGCCAAGAGCCACAACCACAGCCUUGCUGGGCCUUCUGUUUAGUGACUGUGCAGACGCGAUAUAUUUUAAUUAACUUUGUCUAGUUUUUACAGAAUGUCCUCACUGAACUGUCUCAGAUGCGCAUGCACCAGCGAUGACCUGGUGUCGGCAGCUACCUCGGGUCACUCCUGUGUCUGUGGUUGUGCCUUUGUGAACAGACACCUGAACCAGGCUCAAGGCUGGUCACCUGCUCAUGUCCAGCGAUGCUUACACACAUACAGGUCUCCGGCUUUCAAACCGUCAACCUCUGAAUGGCAUGAAAAGCUUGUUUUUAAAGUGCAGUAGUCAUUUUUGCACACCCAUCAUGAAACUCAUUUUCCUCAGAAAGCUGAGGACACACUUGCCAGCCCAAAAUGUGUCUUUAAUUUGAGAGAAAAUAAACACGGACAGGAAACAGGAAGAACGUGCUGCACAAAGCAUGCCAGCCAGUGGAGCUGUGCGUAUGGCCUGCGCACGAAAUGCUUUCCCAAAGCCAGCGGCCUUGCCUCCUGCUGUGGACAGUCGAAUACCUGGCUUUAUACGUCUGUCCAGGUGAUGUGCUUCCUUGGGACUGGACAAUUUUCACUGUUUCCCUGGACUGGAAAAAUUAAACAAGGAUGUCAUUACAGAUAGAAACCCUCUUCCUUGCGUUUGCAUUUGAUCAACAUCUACUGAGGCCUUUAUUCUUUCCUAAAAUACGCACAUACCCUGGCGGGGGCCUCUUCAUUUUCUUAGGUUAUAAAUAAAGUCCCAGUGUCGCCAAUGAAUCUGCCUGUUUUUCUGUCCUGGCCGAGGAGCCAAGAGCAGAUGGGCUCAGCUGCUCACCGGGCAGCCAGAGCAUAAAACUGCCAACCUUGCUGGCGCUCAUUCUGAGUGAUGGCCACUGGACCCAUGCCCAGGUGUCCGAAUGGGAUUACAGACUGUGCUAACUGGCAAAGUCUGUUGUUUGUCUGUUUUGUUUUUUUUUCUUUCCAGUUUUCAUUUGAGGAAAGCUGGCGUCCUGUUCACUGCUGUCUGGGUUGAGUCUGAGCCUGCCUGGGGUGUCGUGGGCUCCAUGCUGGGAGGUCCAGUCAGGGUUUUUCCCACCCUGGGAAACUUGAGAAUUCUAUUGAGUAACCGUGUACAUCAGGGCCAAAUAAUCUUUGCUUUCUUGCAAACAGAACUGUGGAGAAGUCCAGGUCCAGGGUGUCCACAGUGCUUUGUAUUCCACCUGUUUCAGUAUUUAUGGGACUAGAUCAGUACUUUGUAGAAUGUGGUUCUUUUAAAAUGUGUCCCUGUUCAUUCUGCUGUGGUGAUAGGUUUAUCCUGUGGGUGCCUCCUGUCCUUUUGUCUAAGUGAUGCCACUGUGGACGUCACAAUCUAUGACUUGUUCUGCAAGAGUAAAAUAAAUGUUGAGUGCACUUUU